AUGCAUUUCCAUUCUGCGGCAUUCCUUGCUGCCGGCCUUUCAGUUCACCAAGUUAUUGCCACAGGUGGCAAGUACGGAGGCGGAUGGGGCGACCGCGCUUACUUUUCGACGCCUGAUACCACUGACAACAAGUGUUCGACCAACCAGACCAAUGGGUACGACUGGAAAGAUCUCUCCACGGGAUCUUUCAACAACUACGGCAGCAACAAGUUCUCUGGAUGGACUUGUGCGAACUCGUUCGGAAAGCGCGAUAGCUUGACGAAGAGGACUUUCCAGAGCAAGUGCAUCACUGGAAAACUAGACGAUGAACCAGCUGUCGAUUGUGAUGGCGAUGACAAGAUGUCCAUCAAGACUUAUCAAGUCUCCUCAGACCAAGAUGACGAUGUGGAACUUGAAUGCCAUUACACCAUGCCUGACAACUCGGUGUGCAAAGAAGUUCAUACCUGCGCUUCAACUGGAUCCACUAUCAAGAACACCCAAUGUGGUGGAGCCAAGAAGGUGACAUUCAGACCGUACGGCAAAAGCAAGGGCAAGGGCUGCAACAUUGGCGUUCACAGCAUCGAAUUCGACUGUGAGACUGCCUCUGUGCCGCCAAGCUAUUCUACGACGGCACCUGCCAGCAGCAACACCCAGCCUCCUUCCUACGGCACUACCAGCGCAGAGUCCUCUGCUGUGUCUACGUCAAUUCCAAAUUACGGCUCUUCGAGCUCGGAAACACCACCUCAAUACUCGACUUCUGAAAGCGCAUCUUCCUAUCCAAGCUCUAGCACCCAAGGAGUACCUGGCUACCCUACGACCAGCAGUGUCGAGACCUCGCCUGUGAAGCCCUCUGCUCCAGUGUAUUCCAAUCCGCCCAGCUAUGGAAAUUCGUCAACCGUGAAGGUGCCUGGAUAUGGUUCAAGCUCAACCCAAACGACAGGAUCACCUGUGGAAACGCCUCCCACCUACCCGCAGCCAGAAUCGCCAGACGUUCUGCCAAAGUGCAUCAACAGCUGGCUGCACUUGACUACCUGCAGUGGUAACACCGACUACGAAUGCUUCUGCAAGAACAGCGACUUUGUCGGCAAGGUCUACAGCUGUGUCAGCGCUUGGUCUGACAGCGAUGAUGACACCAACUCUGGUGCUGGUUACUUCAUGGGUCUCUGCGCAAAGUAUGUUCCGGAGAAUCCUGCAAUCAUCACAGGCUGCCCGUCGACCAUCACCCCCGCAACAGGAUACCACACUCCGACUUCUACUCCAGACUCCCCAGUCUCUGAACAGCCACCUUCGUCCUCAGGCAAGACCGUCACAGAGUACAGCACCAUCGUAGCAACAAUCACAAGCUGUGGUCCAGAUGUCAAAGACUGCCCAGCAGCCUCAACACACCUCCAGACUUCCACGCAACCUGUGGCUACUUCAGUCGAGACCAGUCCCGAGACAACAGGAGACAGUAAACCACCACCAGCAGUCCCUUGCACAACAAUCACCUACUCCUCCGAACUCGUCAUCCCAGCAACCUACUCCACCGGCGAAUCCCAAGGCGCCACAAUCCCAUCCAGCAGCUGCACAACCCAAUACGUCACAACCGUAACCGUCCCUCAAGUCCAGAUUACAACUUACACAGUCACCGAAAGCGGCAGCACCCACGAUGUACCAGGUCUAGGCUACGAGACUCCACCUCCUGCUCCCUCUUCUACAGAUGCUUCUCCUGUUGGAUCUACCUCUGCACCUGCUCCACCUGCAUCGUACCCGAUUGCCACGGCAUCUGGCCCAGCGCCGAGCGUGCCGGUAUACGGUGGCGGUAGUAUCGGAACGACAUAUAUCCCUACUCAACCAACGGGACAUAUUCCCCAGCCAUAUACUGGUGCUGCAGGACAGAAGGUUGCAAGUGGGCCUUUCCUUUUGAGUAUUAUUCUGGUUGCUUUGGCGGAAGUUUUGAUUUAA